UGUGCCUGCUCUGGGUGUUGUUUGUUGCUGGGUUUUUGCUAUCUGUUUCUCAAAACCUUGGCCUGCUUUUUGAUUCUGCUGUAGCGCUUGGGCCCUGGCCUUGCCAGGGGUGGAACCCCCUUUUUUUCAGGCCAAGGGCCACAUAUUCUUCCGGGGGCUGCAUCCUAGGGAAGGGCAGGCCCCGAAGGAGAAAAAGGGGAAGGUGUAACAAAUGGGAGUUUUACUUUUUGUAUGGUAGGGUAAUAUCUACAGUGCUCUCUAUUUAUCUAGGCAUGCAAGAGGUAUUGCUCGAGGUCAAGGGCACAUCCUAGCCAUGCAAAAGCACUCUAGGAGGGUGCAAAUUAGGGCUAGUUGAAAGGGGUAGUUUGGGAGGAGUCCUGAAAUGGUUGGGGAGUUGCAUUUGGUCUCCAGGCCUGAGGUUCCCCCAUUCCAGCUGUACGGCUUUGAGCAUGGCAUGGCCUUGUAAGGAAGUUAAUGCGCUGCUGCCUGCAUGUCUGACUGCCGGGGCCUGGUCGGGGUGGCCCCUCUCAGCGUGACUGUAGCACUGCUGGCUGCAACCGUUGCUGGGGGAGGGGGAAGUGCUUGCAAGACUUGCCCCCCCCAGUGAUAUCACUCCGCUGGGGGGUAGGGGACCCCUCAAACCUGGAUCCAGGACUUUGCUUGCUUACCUCUGGGUUGUUCCCCAGGCCAGCUUGCUGGUAACUUUCUUUGGUAUCUCACAGCCCUCAUUUUGUCUCCAGUUCUGUCAGCACAAGGGCAGUGAGUCUGGCGUUAGAGGGAGCAACUUGUGACCUCUGGUCCCUGUUUAUUUCCUUCCAACCAGCUGGAACUUUAAAUUGAGGCAUUAAUCGGUCUGAUGCGAGAGUGGCCAGAUGCAAAGUUGGUUUAAGACCAGGCUGUAGUGUCUCGCAUUGGUUCACACUCUCCAAAGCCAGGAAGUUGGAAACGAAGGCUAACGGUUUAACAUGCCUUGUGAUUAAUGAUGGGCGAACCUGUCAGUUUUGGUUUCUCAUUUUUCCGAUCUUGCAUCAGUGUUUUAGUGCAACUUUGUCCCAGCGUAUGUAUUUUUGUAAGUGCUUUUUGCUUAACAUGCACAUUAUUUGCAGAGCGGUUCCCCUCGAUAUAAGACAUUUCUGUAUGUUUGCACGAAUAUAUGUGCAGUUUUACGCACACUUUACCCUAGUGUGCGCCUUUGUGCACAUGUUACUUGUUUGAAGAGCGGUGUCGCAAGAUCUGGAGAAGUGGGAAUUUUGGAGGAUGGCUGUGUUCGGUUUGGGUGUCGUUUUGGAAAGUGCAAAUUGGCUAGCGUCACCUUUAGAAGGCUUCGCUGGCUGAGAACAAUCAAAUUGACACUGGUCACAAGAAGAAAAGGCUGAAGCGAAAGCUCCAGCAAGUCCAGGUUGUCCAUGGGACGCUUCUGCCUCGAUUCCUGCAAGAAGGGAGGUACAGGCGGACAGGACCGGCAUCGAAGCUUCCUGGGGGUGCAGUGCUUCUUGCAGUCAGUUGCUCUGCUGAGCCCUUGUCGUUAAGCAUUGUUCAACUUACCUGGCUGACCAGACAGGCCCAACUUGCUUCUUGGGCUUGGUUGCCUGCUUCUGAUACUCCAUCCAGCCGCUCACCAGCUCGUGGAUGAUCAUCAGGGGGACCCAAAUGAAUGUCUGGAAGACAGCUAACUUGGAAAUCCGUAGUGAAGACAGCAACGUUUAAAAACAAAGAGGACCGCUAUGGAGAGAUGUUAGAAUCCCGUUCCCAUAGCAACAGAAGCAGUUGCCAAGCUCCCGGAGAAAGGGCACCGGGUAUCGUGAUGUACGGAGGAGGACUGGCGAGACCUGCCCAGAAGGCAAAAGAGCAUCCCACCAUCGUGGAACGCAGCUCAGCGCAGAUCAUUAAGCAGCCGCAGAAGAAGAAGAAGAAGAAGAAGAAGACGCACAUUCAGAGACGGCAUAUAAAAUCCCGACGCUCUCGACGGCGGCAGGCCAAGAGCAUCGCCAAGCUGAAAGUGCAAGGCAGGAGCUGCUCGGCCAAACCAUUGGUUUACAACAGAUGGUCGAGGCUGAGCAAUUAUGGCUCACCCAAAGAAGACCAUCCUGUGAGAUCACAGAAGAGGAUACCACCCCAAAGCCAAGAGAGUGUGCUGACGACCUGCUGUUGCAGCUUCAUGGGGGCCGUCGUCAAGCUUGUACCAGAACCCAGAGCUGGCAGCCUUCCUUCCAAGAGAAUGGAACAGUCAAACAGUGCUGGGUUGAAAGCAGAAGAGAGAUCUUUGUCCAGCAAAAGAGUGAAGAGUCCUGGAAAAAACCCAAAUGUUAGCAGCCUAAGAGAAACCCAACGGCUGGAAAAACCUGGCCCUAUGGAGAAGAGGCGCUAUCAGGCAGUUUCUGAAUACCAAUUUAUAUAUCCAGGAAGGUCCGUUUACCAUUGCAGCAGGGAAAGCGCGAAUCCACAGCUGCGCUCCAUCUAUACGGCAAACGCAAGACAAUCGCCGUUUAAGCUGAUCCACCCGUCAGUUCGGAUCCCUCAGUGCCACCAGGAGAUAAACAGGGCCCAAUGGGAAAAACCAAGUACUGACACCAAAUGCCCGGCUGGUUGCGAGUUCCUGAGAAGUAUGCCCCCACGCACCUUACCCUGCGGGCUUACAAGCCUGACGUUCAGAAUGGAUAACUUGGUGCUUGCUGGCGAGAAGGUAGAGGCGGUCUCUGGAAAUCCCCCCGCCAGCCCAGCAGUACGUCAGUCUGUUCCCCAGAUGCAGCAUCCGCCGCCGUCUGAAAAAGCAGUGCCCCCCGCUGAGGCCUUCCUCACAUGUGCUGCGAGGAAAGGGGACAAAGGGUGGAGCACUGGUCUGGGGUACGCCUCAGACUUGUUCAGACGAGGAGGCACUAGGAACACCUUUGUGGUGCCGCCAUCUCAUUCUGGGAGUCCCCCGAGGCCCAGGCCUGUGUCGGCAAAGGACUACUAUGCAGGAUUUGCCCUGAGUCAAAUGUUUGGCAGCAAAGAGGGCCAGAACAGGAAGACUUCAGAAGAAGACGAUGCUGCUGGGAACUGGCCAGCCCUCAGCGCAAGCGGCAAGGCUGCCAUGGCUCACGCCCGGAGCACCAUUGUCAUCCCAACCAUUGGCCGGUACUCCUCCAGCGAAAGUGUCGACGUGGAGGGGCCUCACACUGCUCCCCCAAAAUGUCCUCCAAUUCCAAGCCAAGAUCCAACCCUGGUAUGUAAACUUUUGCCAGCCUGCAACAAAGGAGGAGAAUCUGGCUGGGACUCUUGCACCCCAGUCCAGUGAGGAGAAGGGACAGGCCUACUCCUCCAAAGCUGCGGGGAACCAAAGGUACACUCUUUCAAGCAUGGACACUUGGUAGGCCUGGGAUGUGGGAAUCCCAGUUUCACCAUCAGAUCAAGCUGAACGAGGACUAUGUUUGGAGGGUUUCUUUUAUACUUGACAGGGACUAGGCACAUUGA